AAACUGUUAUAUGAAAUAGCGAUUAACUCUAAAAAGAAUUGUUGCUGGUAGUUAAUUCAAAGCCGAACUUUGAGAUACUCUCUAAAUAUUUGGUGUUAGUAGCUUGGCAUGUUGUUCAAUUAUUGAGUGGAUUGAAGAGAACUCCUUGGCACUCCAUUAGGACUUGAUUGCUACCUCGUUGACCCAGUUAGAAGAGGGCGCAUCACAUGUGUCGCUGACAAUUAAACUUUGACACUGGAUUUAAAAGUAAGUCGAAUUUUGCGGGCUACGCUUGGACGACGUCGGCCAAAAGAACAAAGGCAAAGUAUUGUCCAACUUUUGGCAGUAUCGCUGCAGCAGCAACUGGAGAUGGAGAUGGAAAUAGGGGAAGGAAAAGGAGCUAAAGACGAAGCAGGACCUGGAGUAUUGUUGGAAAAAUGCGUUUGCUUUUGCCGGUUUGAUGUUUAUCAACACUACACACGAUGUGGUGGCGAUAACCAAAAAAUGUGGAACAACAAAACUUUGGAUUCACGUGAAGCACUUUAUCAGGCAUCCCGCUGCAAGCAGAGCAAACUAAUAGAAGCACAUUCAUGGUUUGCUCUGACUAAGCAUGACAGUCACAAUUCCUGUUACUUGGGUGCAAUCAAAAGAGACAACGAUGUCGACGACGUCAGACGAUGGACGAAGAUGAAGACGACGACGACGACGACGACGGCGACGAUGGAUCGAUGGAUCAUCGUUGAACAGAUCAAUCGACACUCGAGCUUGAGCUCGAGCCACUGUUGAGUGGGGUUGUUGGCUCAUUUGGCGGUUUGCUGUUUGUGUGGGCAGCAGAACAUUGCACCACACAUGCCACAUAAUGGGGCAAAGCACACGUUGCAACUGGAUUUAGUCGAAGUGGAUGCGAGAGAGAUAGAGAGAGAGACAGAGCGGAAGUCAUGACUAGCCAAACACGAAGCAGCAAUGAGAUGAGCUGCCGUGUCACAGAAAGCAAUCACAGUAACAGCUAAAUCUAAAACUAAAACGAAAACCCAACAACAACAACAACAGCAAACUCAACAAAAAUGUAAAACACAAAA